CUUCACGCAUACAAACUCUCGACAUGUUGAACAACUCUUCACCAGACACUCCACGCGUACAAACUCUCGACAUGUCGAACCCGAAGGUCUUCUUCGACAUGACGAUCGGUGGCAUCCCGGCGGGGCGGAUCGUGAUGGAGCUGAACGCCGAUACCACCCCUAAGACGGCUGAAAACUUCCGAGCGCUCUGCACCGGCGAGAAGGGGAUCGGGCGGUGCGGAAAGCCGCUCCACUACAAGGGGUCCAAGUUCCACCGAGUGAUCCCCGGCUUCAUGUGCCAGGGCGGUGACUUCACCGCCGGGAAUGGUACGGGUGGGGAGUCAAUUUAUGGGGCCAAAUUCGCGGAUGAGAACUUCAUUAAGAAGCACACGGGGCCCGGGGUGCUGUCAAUGGCUAAUGCGGGGCGCAACACCAAUGGGUCCCAGUUCUUCAUUUGCACUACGCAGACUCCGUGGCUCGACAGGAAGCAUGUAGUGUUUGGGCGGGUCGUGGAGGGGAUAAAUGUGGUCAAGGCGAUCGAGAGGGUCGGAUCCCAGUCUGGCCGAACCUCCAAACCCGUGGUUGUGGCCGACUCUGGCCAGCUCUCUUGAACUAUAUAUUGAAGUGAACCUACCGCCCAUGUACAUGCAUGUGCAUGCAUGCAUGGAUUCUAUUACUACCAACGAAGCUAAUUAUAAGGAAAAAGCUUUUCUACUAUUUUUAAUUUUCCUUGUCCAGAGGAUUAUAUAAUUGUAAUACGAAUUUAUCGAGGGCGAUGAUAUACUCCGGCGUUAUGUUUUUUUGUUCU